UUUUAUUUUCCACAAAAAAAGAAAAGCAAACGAAGCCCAAAAAAAAAUAAAAGAAGCAAUCGUACAGUAAAAGAAGCAAUCUGGGUAUAUGCUUGGAGUAUAUCUCCUUAUCCCUCCUUGGGGUUCUCUUCAAAACCCCUCCCUUCUCCUCCUCCUCCUUCUGUAACCAUCUCACCCGCCAUGGCUAAUCCUCAAGCUUCUCCUAUUUACCAGAAUCACGUCUCUCUCUUCCACUUCCGCGCUACUUCUACGUCUCCUUCUUCUUUCACCUCUCUGCAUUUCAGAAAGCCUCUGCUCUUUCUCCCUUCUUCUUCAUUGUUCUCGAAGUUUCCGCAGAGCGAGCAGCAAUGUAAUAACCACCAGGUGAGACACGUGUCCACCGUGCCUGUUGAGUAUUCCACUCCGACUCCUCCCGAAUCCGACGAUUUCUUAUCCGAAAUCGAUCGGCUCAAGUCUCUCCUAGCGAAACUAGACGUUUCCAAGGACUUACGGCGGAAGGACGCGGUUAUCGACGCUGAUUCCAGAGUUCGUCGAUUCUUCAGCGAGAAUCGAGGCGGUUUAGCUAAGGUUUUAGGUUCACUUGGUUUGAAUUCGAAAGACAUGUUUCUCGUUAAGUGUGUGAUCGCGGCGGGGCAGGAACACGCGCUAUGUAUGAAUUAUGGGGAAGCAUUUGAAGAAGAAGAGGAGUAUACAGUGAGAAGUUCGGUGAAGAACGCACUUUACGCGUUGGUUGAGAUGAUUGAGCGAUUUGAUGUUAAUAGUAGCGGCUAUAAAGGUAGACGAGAGAUGGGUACAGUUUUAGAUGCAGAGGAGAUUGCUCGCUUUAGAAAGUUCUUGAGGUUUCUGGAUGAAAUUGAACAGUUCUACGACUGCAUUGGAGGAAUUAUCGGAUAUCAGGUUAUGGUUCUAGAGCUUCUUCACCAAUCAACCAAGAGGCGUAAUGCUAACCGGUCACAUCUUGUUGAAGAAUCCUUGGGUUGCCAGUACUUAGAAAUGCAUACUCCAAGUGUCCUUGACCUCACUCAGAGGAAGGAGUAUGCCUCGCAGGCGGCUCUAUGGGGAAUUGAGGGAUUGCCAGACUUAGGUGAAAUAUAUCCCUUAGGAGGUGCAGCAGACAGAUUAGGGUUGGUUGAUACAGAAACAGGAGAAUGCCUUCCUGCAGCAAUGCUUGCCCAUUGUGGACGAACUUUGUUGGAGGGACUUAUUAGAGAUCUUCAGGCUAGAGAGUUCCUUUACUUCAAGCUUUAUGGAAAGCAAUGUGUCACACCUGUUGCCAUUAUGACAAGUGCUGCAAAGAACAACCAUGAGCAUGUAACUUCGCUUUGUAAACGGCUCAAAUGGUUUGGAAGAGGUGAAUCAAGUUUCCGUCUCUUUGAACAGCCUCUCGUCCCAGCUGUCAGUGCUGAAGAUGGUCAAUGGAUAGUAUCAAAGCCCUUUGUGCCAGUUAGUAAACCUGGUGGUCAUGGUGCAAUUUGGAAAUUGGCUUAUGACAAAGGUGUCUUUAAAUGGUUUUUUAAUCAUGGAAGAAAGGGAGCAACCAUUCGGCAAGUUAGCAAUGUUGUGGCUGCCACAGAUGUUACCCUCUUGGCCCUUGCUGGGAUUGGCUUACGGUAUAAUAAGAAACUUGGGUUUGCAUCCUGUAAAAGAAAUGCUGGAGCAACCGAAGGGAUUAAUGUAUUGAUGGAGAAGAAGAAUUUUGAUGGGAAGUGGGAAUAUGGUAUAUCGUGCAUUGAGUACACCGAAUUUGAUAAAUUUGGAGUCUCCAACAGGUCUCCUUCUUCAAAUGGUUUGCAGGCGGAUUUCCCUGCCAAUACAAACAUUCUAUAUGUUGACUUACAUUCUGCCGAGUCAAUUGGGUCGAGCCGUAAUGCAAAAAGUUUGCCAAAUAUGGUUCUUAAUACAAAGAAGCGAAUUGAGUACAUUGAUCAGUAUGGAGACUAUCACAGCGUUUUGGGUGGUCGACUGGAAUGCACAAUGCAAAACAUAGCAGACAAUUUCUUAAAUAAGUUUCCAUCUAGAUGCCAGGGCAAUCUAGAAGAUAAACUGGAUACGUAUAUUGUUUACAAUGAACGAAGAAAGGUCACCUCUUCAGCUAAGAAGAAGAAACCACACGCAAGUGCUGCUUUGCACCAGACUCCAGAUGGUGCAUUGUUGGAUAUACUACGCAAUGCAUAUGAGCUCCUUACAGAAUGUGAUAUUAAACUUCCCAUGAUUCAACCUAAUGAUAACUAUGUGGAUUCCCCACCUCCGUAUCUCAUUCUUCUGCAUCCUGCUCUCGGUCCUCUUUGGGAGGUUUCAAGACAAAAAUUCAUGGGAGGGUCCAUUUCCAGUUGCUCAGAAGUGCAACUCGAGAUUGCAGAGUUGUCAUGGAACAAUGUUCAGGUUGAUGGUAGCUUGAUCGUCACUGCUGAAAAUGCCAUGGGUUCAACAACUAUCAAUGAUCAUGGUGAACAAAUAUUACAAUACGGAUUAAGGUGUGGCAAGUGUAAACUGCAUAACGUCAAGGUAGUGAACCGAGGAAUCGAUUGGAACAGUAAAUCAAAUGUUUACUGGAGAAACGAUGUGAACCGGCUUGAAACAUGUAAAAUCAUAUUGCACGGAAAUGCAGAAUUCGAAGCUAGCAAUGUAACUGUAGAGGGAAACCAUGUUUUUGAAGUACCGGAUGGUCACAUACUGAAGAUUACGCAAGGAAAUGCAGGUUUAAGCAUCAACUUAGAAGCAAUGAAAGAAGAGGUAUUGGAAACAGGAAGCUGGUAUUGGGACUAUCAGCUGAAUGGAUCACACAUUCAUCUUCAACAAGUAGAGGUUGCACAAAACUAACUCAUUCCCCCCCAAAAAAAGUAGAAAAAGUAAAUAACCUCUCUUUGUCCUUGAAAAUAAAACUAGAGACGUGUACGUUGCUGUAAAUGUUGCUCCUUUGUAAAUUAAACAAAACAGUUCACCAUCUUAUCUGAUAAGUUCUCCUUCAUGUAAAAAGCUUAAGAACAGUAAAAUCCAUAAAUUCAUACUUGCA